AUGUUUAGGAGAAAAUCUCAAUCAGUUGAAAAACAGUCAGCCACCAGUAGUAGACUAAUGGAGGAUCAACAACAAAGCGAAGCUAGUUCAUCCUUUCGCCCAUUAAUACCUGAAGUUUCUUCUUCAAUUAAACAAGAACUUUUGGUUACUACAAAUAAUACUGAUAAUAACAGUAAUACAAUAACAUCAACACAAACAACUCCAUUUCCUUCUUGGUCACCUUACAAAAAUUUAUUUCCAGCAACACAUCCAGCAUUUUUAUUAAGAGGGUAA